AUGAGUUCCUCGCCUGUUAAUGUGAAAAAGCUGAAGGUGUCGGAGCUGAAGGAGGAGCUCAAGAAGCGGCGCCUGUCCGACAAGGGCCUCAAGGCCGAGCUCAUGGAGCGUCUCCAGGCCGCGCUAGACGACGAGGAGGCCGGGGGCCGCCCCGCCAUGGAGCCCGGGAACGGCAGCCUAGACCUGGGCGGGGAUUCCGCCGGGCGCUCGGGAGCAGGCCUCGAGCAGGAGGCCGCGGCCGGCGGCGACGACGACGAGGAGGAAGAGGAGGAGGAGGAGGAAGGGAUCGCCGCCUUGGAUGGGGACCAGAUGGAGCUCGGGGAGGAGAACGGCGCGGCGGGGGCGGCCGACUCGGGCCCGAUGGAGGAGGAAGAGGCCGCCUCGGAGGACGAGAACGGCGACGACCAGGGCUUCCAGGAAGGGGAGGAUGAGCUCGGAGAAGAGGAGGAAGGCGCGGGCGACGAGAACGGGCACGGGGAGCAGCAGCCUCAACCGCCGGCGGCGCCGCAGCAACAACCCCAGCAGCAGCGCGGGGCCGCCAAGGAGGCCGCGGGGAAGAGCAGCGGCCCCACGUCGCUGUUCGCGGUGACGGUGGCGCCGCCCGGGGCGAGGCAGGGCCAGCAGCAGGCGGGAGGUAAGAAGAAGGCGGAAGGCGGCGGAGGCGGCGGUCGCCCCGGGGCUCCGGCGGCGGGAGACGGCAAAACAGAACAGAAAGGCGGAGAUAAAAAGAGAGGUGUUAAAAGACCUCGAGAAGAUCAUGGCCGUGGCUAUUUUGAGUACAUUGAAGAGAACAAGUAUAGCAGAGCCAAAUCUCCUCAGCCACCUGUUGAAGAAGAAGAUGAACACUUCGACGACACAGUGGUUUGUCUUGAUACUUAUAAUUGUGAUCUACAUUUUAAAAUAUCAAGAGAUCGCCUCAGUGCUUCUUCCCUUACCAUGGAGAGUUUUGCUUUUCUGUGGGCUGGAGGAAGGGCAUCUUAUGGUGUGUCAAAAGGCAAAGUCUGUUUUGAGAUGAAGGUUACAGAGAAGAUCCCAGUGAGGCAUUUAUAUACGAAAGAUAUUGAUAUACAUGAAGUUCGGAUUGGGUGGUCACUAACCACAAGUGGAAUGUUGCUUGGUGAAGAAGAAUUUUCUUAUGGGUAUUCUCUAAAAGGAAUAAAAACAUGCAACUGUGAGACUGAGGAUUACGGAGAGAAGUUCGAUGAAAACGACGUGAUUACAUGUUUCGCUAACUUUGAAAGUGAUGAAGUAGAACUGGCUUAUGCAAAGAAUGGACAAGAUCUUGGCAUUGCCUUCAAAAUCAGUAAGGAGGUUCUUGCUGGACGACCACUCUUCCCGCAUGUUCUGUGCCACAACUGUGCAGUUGAAUUUAAUUUUGGUCAGAAGGAAAAGCCAUAUUUUCCAAUACCUGAAGACUAUACUUUUAUCCAGAAUGUCCCCUUGGAGGAUCGAGUUAGAGGACCAAAGGGGCCUGAAGAGAAGAAAGAUUGUGAAGUGGUUAUGAUGAUUGGCUUGCCAGGAGCUGGAAAAACUACCUGGGUUACUAAACAUGCAGCAGAAAAUCCUGGUAAAUACAACAUUCUUGGAACAAACACCAUAAUGGAUAAAAUGAUGGUGGCAGGUUUUAAGAAGCAAAUGGCAGAUACUGGAAAGCUGAACACGCUGUUGCAGAGAGCUCCACAGUGUCUUGGAAAGUUUAUUGAGAUUGCUGCCCGUAAGAAGCGAAAUUUCAUUUUGGAUCAGACAAAUGUGUCUGCUGCUGCCCAGAGGAGAAAAAUGUGCCUCUUUGCAGGCUUCCAACGAAAAGCUGUUGUAGUUUGCCCAAAAGAUGAAGACUAUAAGCAGAGAACACAGAAGAAGGCGGAAGUAGAGGGGAAAGACCUACCAGAACAUGCAGUUCUCAAAAUGAAAGGAAACUUUACUCUGCCAGAAGUAGCUGAGUGCUUUGAUGAAAUAACCUAUGUUGAACUUCAGAAGGAAGAAGCCCAGAAACUUUUGGAGCAAUAUAAGGAAGAAAGCAAAAAGGCUCUUCCACCGGAAAAGAAACAGAACACAGGCUCAAAGAAGAGCAAUAAAAAUAAGAGUGGCAAGAACCAGUUUAACAGAGGCGGUGGGCAUAGAGGACGUGGUGGAUUCAAUAUGCGUGGUGGAAAUUUCAGAGGAGGAGCUCCUGGGAAUCGUGGUGGAUAUAAUAGGAGGGGCAACAUGCCACAGAGAGGAGGUGGUGGUGGCGGAAGUGGUGGAAUUGGCUAUCCGUAUCCUCGUGGCCCUGUCUUUCCCAGCCGAGGCGGUUAUUCAAACAGAGGGAACUACAACAGAGGUGGAAUGCCUAACAGAGGGAACUACAACCAGAACUUCAGAGGACGAGGAAACAAUCGUGGCUACAAAAAUCAAUCUCAGGGCUACAACCAGUGGCAGCAGGGUCAAUUCUGGGGUCAGAAGCCAUGGAGUCAGCAUUAUCACCAAGGAUAUUAUUGA